AUGCUUGACAGUAAGAGGGUUCGAGAUGCUAUUACGAUCUAUGAGAGGAUGUCAACCGAAGGGGUUGAAGUUAGCAGGGACACACUGAAACGACUUUUUUUUCUGACAUGUUAUUAUAACGGAUCAAAUGCUCCUUCGUAUGAAGAGGAAGAGUGGCAUGGUAUGAGAAAUUUUGGCCUUGGUUUAGAGCAACCAGUGGCAUUUGAAGAGGACGGUGUUGCUGACUUAUUGUUUGAAGCAACGGAGAAAUCAGCCGAUGUUUACUCCGCUAUGAUUGCUGGUUUAUGCAAGUAUCCUUCUAGUAGUGCCGUAAAAAAAGCCAGAGUUUUAUAUGAGAAAAUGAAGGAAGAACGACUUACACCGCACGUCGAAGCUUUUUGCGGUUUAAUUGAAAACGCGAAAUCUUUUGAAGAUGCAUGUCUUAUAUGCAAAGAAAUGUCUGCUGCCCGUGUAUCCCCAAAUAUUCAUGAUAAUUCGGUGGAUCAUGCCGACGCAGUGGGCAAAAUUCUUCAAGAAGCAAAAAAAUGUUCAUGUGAAUAUUCAUUAAGUACCUAUCGAGAACUGCUUAAAUUAUCUCACUCAAAAUCAGAUAAGAAAUUAAAUGUGACAUAUGUGGUGCAAAUUCUUGAUAAUUUGGAAAGUUGUGAAAGCAUUUGUGCCGCUGUUGCCAAAGAGCAGUUAUUCUUUGUGGAUGCAAUGGAAAUUGCUUAUUCAGCGAAAAACUAUUUGCUGGCUGAAAGGAUAAAAACAUUAUAUGAGUCGCCAAAAAAUAAAGCAAAGCUGCCAGAACUAUCAGAUGAACCUAAGUUUUAUGCAUACUACUUGCAAGUGUCAAUUCCAAUGCUUUCAAUUGAAAGUUUGGAGAAGCGUUACAAAAGUUUAGUUCCGCGUAUUGUUGGUUUGUCCCGAAAUAUUGCCCAUCAAAUGUUAGAUCGACUGCAGCGCGAUUACAAGUGGUCUCUGUUGCGAAGAGUGAUCGAGGACAUCAUAGCUGCUAGACAUUUCCUCGAUAAUAUGUCUGUUGUCAAGUCUUGUUCGGUUAUUUCUCUUUUGAACUUUAAACUUCUUUCGCCUGACGAGCGUGAUGAGUGUCGUGCUUUAGCAAACCGAAUUGUUGACGUGCUUAAUGACUAUAGUAGAUACUCUGGAUACGUACAGAAGAAAUGGACCCCACGCACGAUCGCGCUAUGUGCCCGGAUGCUAAUGGCUGUGGGUGAGAAAGAUAGGGCAUGGGAACUUUUUGAGACUAUUUUGGACAAAAAACUUACUGAAGGAGAAGAUGCGACAGUAUCGCCAAUAGGUUAUCCGUCUGCUGGUGAUGUCAUCAGAAUCAUGGAUAAUGCUUUGAAUGAUGGUAAUUGGGAACAUGCUUGCAUCUGCCUCGAGGUGGUAGGGAAAUAUGCUACUGAAUUGAAAAUGUCAGUCGGACAUUACGCAAAGAAAAUCUUGAGUACGUGUAAAAUGAGUUCACUGCAGAAAAUCGUUUUAAAAAACUAUGCAAAUUUACGGGAUUAUAGCUAA